AUUCUCCCAACCCAGGUUGCAAUCCUAAGCACACUGACUAGGGAGUAAGUGCCAGUGAAUGCAGUGGGACUUACUUCUGAGGACUGUGCUGUCAUUCUCAGAGUCACGCUGCUUUGUCUUCAGCAGCAUAAAUUAUUGAGAGUUGGCCUCCGUAUCACAGUGGCUUGGAUAUCCUUCCUGAGCUACAGGCUUGCAAUGGAACAUACAGUGACCUGACCUGCGGCUUUGUUCCAAAUCAGCAAAGAGCUGGAUCAGUAACAGGCAACGGCUCCACUUUCUGCACACCACCCCAGGAAUCGGGUGCAGCCAAUCACGUGAGCCUGCAGAGAAGCAUUUUAAGCAAGUAAUUGUACUGGCAAGGCACUCAGUUGUGGUUCUGUUGAUGCCCAUGGUCCUCGCAGCCAUGACUCCCAUAGCCAAAUCCUUCUAUGACCUCAAUGCCACUGACCUCCAAGGGGAAAAAGUGGAUUUCAACAAUUUCAGGGGGAGAGUGGUUUUGAUAGAAAAUGUGGCCUCCCUCUGAGGUACAACCGUGAGGGAUUAUACCCAGAUGAACCAGCUGCAGAGCAAAUAUCCUCGACGGCUGGUUGUGUUAGGUUUCCCUUGCAACCAGUUUGGCUAUCAGGAUAAUUGCACUAACGAAGAGAUUCUCAACAGCCUAAAGCAUGUGCGGCCUGGGUCUGGAUUUGAACCCAAUUUCACCCUUUGCCAGAAAUGUGAGGUGAACGGCAAGAACACCCACUCUGUCUUUGCAUAUCUGAAGGACAAACUUCCCUACCCAGACGACAACCCCUCUUGCUUUAUGAUGGAACCCAAGUUUAUCAUGUGGAGCCCCGUGCACCGCCAUGACAUCUCCUGGAACUUUGAGAAGUUCCUGGUGGGACCUGAAGGAGAGCCUUUCAGGCGCUACAGCCCCCGAUUCCUCACCAUCAACAUUGAGCCCGACAUCCAGCGCCUUCUGAAGCUUGCCAAAUAGAGGAAAAUGAGCAUCCCCAAGAUGAUUCCAGUGGAAGCUGGUCCAUUAGGGUUAAUGGGACACUGACUUACCAACCUCAGUCUGCCCUUAGCCAGCACCUGCCUGCCUUCUUACGUAUAACCAGCCCAGGAGGUGGCACUGGCAGUCAGCUUCCUUCUCCUUCUCCUAUGUAUUGCCUUUGUAGAACUCAGCAGGGAUGAGGAUGGGGUCAAAACUAGCUUUAGUUGCCUCUGCAUGUGAACAGCUCCACCUACUUUUGGGCCUCCCUGCCUUCCGCUCUGCCAGUCCCAAUGGGCACCAGCCACCACUGGAUUAUUUUAAUGACCUUUAUGAAGCAAGGUGGGUCAGAAAAAUAGCUUGAAAUUAACUGCGCUGUGAUUGCAUCUCCUCCCUGCCCAUCUGUAAAACCAGUCAAAGAAACACCCCCACGCCCCAAUUUCCCCCUCUUCCCUUUUGGUUUGAGGUGCUGCAUCCCAGCUCCUGACAGAGCCAACAUCAGGCUUUUACUGUGUGACGGUGCCCUCCUAAAGUUCAAUGGAGGGAGCCUGAAAGGCGUAAAGGUGCUGAUCACCUGGCCCUUGCUUGCUGGGCACUAUUUGUUUCAUGAGU